AGCCCGAAUCUCGGUCAACACCAGACAGACAGACAGCUUGGAACGGUUCUCGGAGGAGUCUCAAUUUCGAGACGAGUCGUCAAGUGUUGUCGCGGCUAAUUUUCCGCGAUUUUUCCAUCAGUGGAUUAUUUCAAGUGCUGAACCCGUGUCAAGUUGUGGGGGAUUUACACACAAGAGUUUCAAUAAUACUGUUGAGCAUAUUUUGCUGCAAUCGAGCAGAGUGUUGCGAAGUGAAGCUAACAUACAAAAAAUAAGUUCUAUAAGCGCCAGACAGUGCAGAAGAACGGAUUACUUCAAACGCGCAGAGUGUGAGGAGUGUGUGAAGCAUAAUAACAUUUUUCCGGAGACCUUGGAGUGUCGUCGUCUUCGUCGUCCAGAAGGAGCUGCAGCAGGAGCAGAAAAAAAACUUCGUCCAGACAGAGUGUUAGACAAUGUACUAAGACGAACUAUGAUGGUUGCGGAUUUUGUAACACGGCAGCAGAACGGUUCACCAAUCAACGGUGAAAUACCUGGCCAGAACCAUAACAACUCCAACAUGCCUGCACACGGUGCCUUGCUGAUGAGCAGUGACUCAACAGGACGAGCAAGUCCUGCCAGUCCAGAAUCGGACUUCAACGGAAAUCCCUACGAUUUGGCCGCCCAUCUCAAGCGGAAGGAAUUAUUUUCACAGCGGAAACAGCGUGAAUUCAUCCCGGAUGCCAAGAAAGAUGAAAGCUACUGGGAUCGGAGGCGUCGAAAUAACGAAGCGGCCAAAAGGAGUCGGGAAAAGCGUCGCCUCAAUGAUAUGGUGUUGGAACAGCGGGUUGUUGAAUUGACUAAGGAAAAUCAUGUUUUGAAAGCCCAACUGGAUGCUAUUAAGAGCAAGUACAAUAUCUGUGGUGAAAAUCUGGUCAGCGUAGAUCAAAUUCUGGCUACGCUUCCUACCAAUGAGCAGGUGUUGAGUGCAACGAAGCGAGUGAAAGUUAACACCCCUACAGUAUUCCCAUUGGCGAGGACUCCAGUACCUCAGUCGCCUCAUCCAGUCCCUCAGUUACCCUUGCAUCACCCACUACAGUCACAUCCGCAGGCUUCAAUUAUCCAGCAGCCUCAACAACCUCAACAGCAAUCCCAACAAACUGCAGUCAUCCACCCAAAUCCAAACAUCGAGUCACCUCCACCACCACAAUCGAUUGCUUCACAACUUCAACAGAUCACAAUUCAGCACACCAACUCGCUCUACAACCAUCAUCCACCCUCGGCAGCCAUCUAUCGGGACUACGAACCUAUGAACGGUGUUCGAGUCGAGUCCAACAAGCACGAGUCCACGAUCCGAAGUCCCUUGGCUCGUGUCGAAAUGAUGGAACGCGACGAACCGCACCACAUGCGUAGCGAACCACACCCCGACCAGCACCGUGAUCGUGAUCGUGAACGCAACAACGAGCGUGAUGAAGUUCCUGCAACUCCGCAAGCCCCCUUUGGCUCAGUAAACUCGCACAUCAAUGGAUCCCAUAUCCCGCACCAUCCGUACUCCACACCGUACGCGUACCCCAUCAGCUAUGCCAACUACCUGUCUCCGAUACCGCUAACGGCCAAUGUUCUCAACCUCAGCCGUCGGGCACCUUCACCUUAUGAAACCUCCAACGGAACCGGAUCCACCAGCAGUCACAGCAGCUCCAGCGAUAAUGAACACGAUCGUGAACACAUCCACGAUCACAACAACAGCCUACCGGUCAAACUCCGCCACAAGUCCCAUCUCGGCGACAAGGACGCAGCCACCGCUCUCCUUGCCCUGCAGAACAUCAAACAGGAACCCAACCUGCGUUCGUCCUCACCCUGGGAUGAUGGAGACGGUUCUUCGGACGAAAGAGACUCCGGAAUUUCCACCGAGUGGCCCACCAAGGCCGAACAGAAGAUGAUGGUCCCGAUCCCUCCUUCGCCUCCAUCGACUUCGGUGUCACCAAUCGACGCCAACAUCAUCGGUGGCAAAAUCACCUCCAUCCCCGCGUCCGUUGUGAUCAGCAAAAAGACCGAAGAGAACAUCCACCUGCAGUCCAAGCUAGCCCGGCUAGAGUCCGAAGUGGCCACCAUCAAGAACAUGAUGAUUUCCAACACCGCCGGCAGUGGAUUCGGGGUAACGGCUGCAGCACAGUAAACCGUUACACUUUCUAACGAAACCAAAAGUUUCGCACGGCAAUGUGAUAACAACCGUUCGGCUGGAAGCGGUAGGUACAAAUAUCAGUGGCAAGAACAAAUCGGAGAACACUGGAACGGAGCUGCAAAAAAGAUACAGUGCAAAACUAAGUGCGGUGAAUGCAGGCUUUGUAAGAUAAAACGUGAAGAAAUGGUUAACAGAAAAAAAACCGGUGCAGUCGAAGUUGAAUUAUUUAUUACUAAACUUGUAAGUUGGAAAGAUAGCAUUUUUGUCCUAUUUGUUAUUAUUUUUCUUUACUUUAAAAAAAAACUAAAAUCUUUAAAAGACUCUGCUGUUGGUCGGCGGAUGCAAAACAAAAGAAAUGAUAAUACAAUAUGUGAAAAAAACAGGUAACCGAAGGGAACACACACGGAAAGUGAGAACCUCUAAAACAGUCCAAGUAUGAUAGCCUAGAUUAGAACCUCAGCUGCUCGUCGGCCUUCCCACUGGCACAUAGCAUGGAGUGUGAUGAUGAUUCACGAAGUGUUUGUUGAACGCCUUGAGGGGGGCCUGUGAAGGCAGUUUGAAAGUAUAACGUUUAUCUUCAGGGAAGAUUGUAGGUUUACGUAUCAAGUGAACAUCAACGUAGAGAAACAGAGAGACCAGAGACAACUACACUCUGUGUAUAGCGAAGAAAAGUGAAAACAGACUUGUAUUAGCACGUAAGGGCAAACAUGUUUCGGAAUUGUGAUAUAUAUUAUUAUUUGUUUGAAACAGCAGACAGAAUACAAAGUGACUUUUUUAUGUAUUUUUAUACAAAAGCAGUGACCACAUAAGAACGGAUGAUGAGAAAAAAUGCUUAUACGUUAAGAAGAGAAGUUUUAAUUUAUUAUUUUCAGCAGACUGUGAACAAUCUUUGUGCUUUCGCAGUAAGAAAGAAAACGGUACGUUUCAGGAUGAAUCAAAAUCAAAGGAAAUUUCUGAAAUUUCAAUUUAAAAAAUCAACUGUUAUAUCUUUGAUGUCAACACCAGGAUAUAAAACUAGGUGAUUGAACCGCCCCCUUUAUCAGUAGUUCCCAAACAAUUGCGAUCGACUAUUUAUCUUUCAAACAAACAAAAAUCAACUAUUAAAGCUAGGAAUUUAAUUAGCCGUAAAACAAUUUUAAUCCCUAAGCGUAGCAAACAACCAAUCAAUUUAUUCGAAACUAUACUUUCCACAUAAAGUUGUAUGGUGACUUUCAGAACUGAUCUUUGAUAUAAAAAAACACAAUAGAAAGAAAAACACAGACCCUCACACGGAGGUAAACAAAAUUACAACUAUUACUUUACUACUAUUACACUAUUAUCUACUUACAAAUUAGGAACGAAAUCAGUACUACUGCAACAAGAUUACUGAAGUAGCUAUUAUUCGGUAGUUUUAAAAACGACAAACAACAAACAUUUUAAAAUCAUAUUCAAGAGUAAAAAGAGUGCAGCGGCAAGUGUAGAAGUGAAAAAAAUCAAAUGUAUAAUUUGUAUCAAAUUUAUGUAUUUAAAUAUAUAUAUUUUUAAAAACAUUGAA